AUGUCCUCCUCCCUCCCCGCGCCGCCGGCCCCGCCCUCUUCAGCCUGGCGCGGGCUCACGCCCCGCCGCCCUCCGCCCCGCUGCGGCCCCCUCCUCGCCCGCGCGUCGGCGCGUUCUUGCUGUUACCGGUUCCGGACCGACGACGACGGCGUGGUGGACGUGGCCGUCCUCGCCGGGAAAGACGGCGAUGCGGGGUACACGGUCGCCGUUGAGGCCCCGGCCCAUGGAUGGAGGGGCGGUCUGGUGCUCCGCCUCGCCGGCUCCGGCGAGGGCGUCCCUCUGACCCCUGCCGCGCCGGGAGGCGCGCCCGCGGCUGAGCUGUCCUACGAGAGGGCCCGCGCGCCGUUCCACGUCUCGUUUACGCUGGCCGACGCGAUGGGAGCGGAGAUACGGACGCACCGCGGGACGAGCUUCCGAGUGCCUGUGGGCGUCGGACGGGGCUGCCCCUCGCCGCUCGGCCUGUCCCUGUCCAAGGACGGGGCCGCUAACUUCGCGGUUUACAGCAAGAGCGCCAAGGGCAUGGUGCUCUGCCUGUUCGGUGGCGGCGGUGGGGACGAGCCCGCGCUGGAGAUCGAGCUCGACCCGUACGUCCACCGGACGGGCGAUGUCUGGCACGUCUCGAUGGAGAGCGUGGAGGGAUACGCCAGCUAUGGCUUCCGCAGCGGGCUAUUCGCCAUGUUUGGCAUUGACCGCCCGCUGCUCGACCCGUACGCCAAGGUGAUCGGGGACUUCGUCCCUGCCGACUCUGUUAAUGAGGAUGGGCUAGUAGCUGUGCCGGCCGUCAGGUCCCUCGCGUCCUUGAAGAAUGCACCCAGCUACGAUUGGGGCAGGGACAAGCACCCGUGCUUGCCAUUGGAGAAGCUGGUGGUCUACCGGGCAAAUGUGGCUUUGUUCACCAAGGACAGGUCGAGUGGGCUGGCAGACGAUGUCGCCGGUACUUUCUCUGGCAUGGCUGCGAAGGUGAAACACUUCAGGCAUCUUGGUGUCAAUGCAGUUUUGCUGGAGCCAGUGUUCCCAUUCCACCAAGUGAAGGGACCAUAUUUUCCGUACCAUUUCUUUUCACCUAUGAGCUUGUAUAGCAGUGAAUGCUCCAGUGUUUCAGCUAUCAUGUCUAUGAAGGAUAUGGUCAAAACAAUGCACAGAAAUGGAAUAGAGGUUCUCUUGGAGGUUGUUUUCACGCAUACUGCUGAAGGAGGAGCAGAGUGUCAGAUGAUAUCAAUCCGAGGUAUCGAUGGUUCCUCGUACUACAUAUCUGAUGGAAUCGCUGGAUGCAAGGCAAGUGUGUUGAAUUGCAACUAUCCGGUGACUCAGAAGCUGAUUUUGGACAGCCUCCGCCAUUGGGUGCUUGACUUCCAUGUUGAUGGGUUCUGCUUCAUCAAUGCCCCUUUCCUUGUCAGAGGAGGUGGUGAGGGCCUUUCACGGCCUCCACUUAUUGAAGCCAUAGCAUUUGACCCUGUUCUUUCAAAGACUAAGAUCAUUGCAGAUCCUUGGUCUCCGCUUGACAUAUCUAAUGUGCAAUUUCCAUUCCCUCAUUGGAAAAGAUGGGCUGAGAUGAACACAAGAUUCUCUAUGGAUGUGCGCAAGUUUCUUAAGGGUGAAGCACUUGUCAGUGAUCUUGCUACACGUUUGUGUGGCAGUGGGGACUUAUUUUCCUCUAGGGGCCCAGCAUUUUCGUUCAAUUAUGUAUCCAGGAAUUCUGGACUCACUCUUGUUGAUCUAGUGAGCUUCAGCAGUGAUGAGCUUGGCUCUGAGUUCAGCUGGAAUUGUGGUGAAGAAGGACCAUCAGAGAACAAUGCAGUCCUUCAUACAAGGCUAAGGCAGAUACGCAAUUUCUUGUUUAUUCAAUUUAUUUCCCUUGGCAUUCCUGUUCUUAACAUGGGAGAUGAAUGUGGACACUCUGCUGCUGGUUCAACAUCAUACAAGGAUAGAGGACCUCUGAACUGGAAAGCCUUGAAGACCACUUUUGUUAAGGAAGUUGCAGGGUUUAUUUCAUUUCUAUCUGCACUAAGGAGUCAACGAGCGGACAUUUUCCAGAGAAGAGAAUUUCUAAAAUUUGAAAAUAUACAUUGGUAUGGGAGUGAUUUAUCUGAACCACGUUGGGAGGAUCCUACUAGCAACUUUCUUUGCAUGCACAUAAAUGCGGAGCUGGACGAGAAGCUACCAGAUUCAACUGGAGGUGAUUUGUUUAGCUGUUUCAAUUCAAAUGAGGAGUCAGCAAGUGCUACUUUACCAGCUAUUGCAGAAAGAUCCAUGUGGCUGCGCUUGGUUGAUACAUCACUUGCAUUUCCAGGUUUCUUUUCAAGAGAGUUUAGUCCUGAAAUACACCAAGUGUUAGGAUUUUCCUCGUAUCAAGUGAAGGCACAUAGUUGUGUUUUGUUUGAAUCGAAGAGGGUUCUUUCCUAG